AUGUCUCAGCCAAUCUCACUCACCUUGCAGCACAGUGGUCUGUCUAACUCUGCAACUCAUGAGGUAUGCCACGAUACAAGUCUGAAAUGAGUUUGACAAACCCCUUCACCCCCCCCCCCAGCUUUUACAAUGACUGGAUUAUAAACCUUGCUCACAUUGAACACACACACACACACACAGUUCUUUGACCACUUGACUCCUCUUUAAGUGACGCAUGCUGAAAGCGCUUUCGGUUUCGUUCCCUUCAGGAGCUAAAAGAAAGCAGUUUCAUAAUUGGUGCCAGACCCCGCCUGUUCCUGUUCCUAUUCUCGUUCCCCGAUGGUGAAUUUGGGACUCAGCAAAGUGCAGCCCUCGGUAGCAGCCAAACACCCGGGUAUUGAGGAAUAUGCCGCCUGCCAGUCACACGCGUUCCUGAAGGGCACUAUGACGUUUGUAUUAGGGGCCAGUGGCUGUUUCAUUGUCCAGCGGAUGUUGAGUAAGAAGUUUGCUUUACCUCUGCAUUGGAGCAUUUUACUAUCAGCAGUGACCGGAUCCCUGGCGAGUUAUGCAGUGACUCGGGUUGAAACGCAGAAGUGCUCCAACCUGUGGGUUUACCUGGAGACCGGGAGAAUGCCUGGGAGCUCUCAGCCAGGUCAAACGGACACCCGGGAAAGCUGGGGUGGAGCGGAGAAAUAUGUGGGCGGCGACAUCGUGAAGUAAAGCCGCUUCGUUGACUUCUC